AUGUCUGAGAGCAAGAUAAUAGAGAAUGGUUUUGAUGAAGAACAAGAAAAAUCUUCAAAUUCUCCAGUGGAUAAGGUUGAUGCUGGGAAACCUGCACCACUGACCUGGCAGCGGAAAUUAGACAGUGAUGAAACUGUCCUUUCACAGUUCACUUUAAGUUUGAAAGAGAUACUUCAUAUGGCCCCAAUCGGUAUUCGGCUAUGGCGUCAAAUCCGAGAAGAAAAUGCCAAAAAAAGGAGUUUUAUUAUGGAUCCAUUUGCUAAGCGCAUUGUGACAUCUUGUCAUGGCAUUCCAGUAGGUGGUGUCGGAUUUUUGUUUCGCGCUCAAAUGGUAAAAAGUACUCUAGUGUACUAUGCCCAAGGAGUCCAGACGUGCUUGAGUUCAGGGAUUGAAUCUUGGGACUGGAAUCUGAAGGGAAAUAAUUCCACAUAUCAUGCUUUAUACCCCAGGGCUUGGACUGUAUAUGAGGGCGAACCUGAUCCAGAACUUAGGGUUGUUUGUCGUCAAAUUUCACCUUUUAUUCCUCAUAAUUACAAGGAGAGCAGCUUCCCUGUCUCAGUUUUUACCUUCACGCUCUAUAAUUCUGGGAAGACUACUGCUGAAGUCUCCUUGCUUUUCACGUGGGCAAAUUCUGUUGGAGGGGUUUCUGAAUUUUCUGGUCAGCACAUCAAUUCAACAAAACUGAUGGAGGAUGGUGUGCAUUGUGUACUUCUAAAUCACAAGACAGCAAAUGGGCUUCCCCCAGUAACUUUUGCAAUCGCUACACAAGAGACUCCUGGUGUCCAUGUCUCAAAAUGUCCUUGCUUUGUCAUAUCUGGAAAUUCGCAAGGUGUUACAGCAAAAGAAAUGUGGAAUGACGUAAAACAGCACGGAUUCUUCGACAGCCUCAGCUCAGCUGGAAAGCCAGUGCCGUCAGAGCCAGGAUCAUCUAUUGGGGCAGCCAUUGCAGCCACUUCUACUGUUCCACCAGAUUCUGUACGUACAGUUACCUUUUCAUUGGCAUGGGACUGUCCUGAAGUAAACUUUGCGAGUGGAAGGACUUAUCACAGGCGUUACACAAAAUUCUAUGGUACUCUUGGAGAUGCUGCUGCAAAUAUUGCACAUGAUGCUAUUCUAGGGCAUGGCCUUUGGGAAUCCCAGAUAGAAGCCUGGCAAAAACCAAUUCUUGAAGACAAGAGACUUCCUGAAUGGUAUCCUGGCACUCUCUUUAAUGAGCUCUAUUAUCUUAAUUCAGGGGGGACAAUCUGGACAGAUGGAUCGCCUCCAUUGCAUAGUUUGGUAAGUAUUGGAGGAAAAAAGUUCUCUCUCGAUAGGUCGGCUUCCAAUUUAGGCCAUCAAGGCGAUACUGCUGUUGACAUUCUUGGAAGGAUGACUUCUGUACUUGAGCAAAUCCACACUCCUUUAGCAACCAAUUCUGCUUUUGGAACUAAUUUGCUUCAAGGAGGAGAAGAAAAUGUGGGCCAAUUCCUUUAUCUGGAAGGGGUCGAGUAUCAAAUGUGGAACACCUAUGAUGUUCACUUCUAUGCAUCUUUCGCAUUAAUUAUGCUAUUUCCCAAACUCCAGCUCAGCAUUCAAAGGGACUUUGCAGCGGCAGUUAUGAUGCAUGAUCCCAGUAAGAUGCACCUUCUACAAGAUGGACAGUGUGUCCCCAGAAAGGUUCUUGGAGCCAUCCCUCAUGACAUUGGGAUUUAUGACCCCUGGUUUGAAGUAAAUGCCUAUAACCUUCACAAUACUGAUCGCUGGAAAGACUUGAAUCCAAAAUUUGUUCUCCAGGCUUACAGGGAUGUAGUUGCCACUGGAGACAAGAAGUUUGCAGAAGCUGUUUGGCCAUCAGUUUAUGUUGCGAUGGCUUAUAUGGAUCAGUUUGAUAAGGAUGGCGAUGGAAUGAUUGAGAAUGAUGGCUUUCCUGAUCAGACAUAUGAUACAUGGUCUUUGUCUGGGGUGAGCGCGUAUUGUGGUGGCCUAUGGGUGGCAGCCUUACAGGCUGCAUCAGCCCUGGCAUGGGAAGUAGGAGACAAGGAUUCUGCAGAAUACUUUUGGUUUAGGUUUCGGAAGGCAAAGAUUGUGUAUGAGAAGUUAUGGAAUGGUUCUUACUUCAAUUAUGACAACAGCGGUGGUAUCAAUAGCUUAUCUAUUCAAGCCGAUCAAUUGGCCGGACAAUGGUAUGCACGAGCAUGCGGACUUGCGCCGAUUGUUGACGAGGACAAAGCACGAAGUGCGUUAGAGAAGGUCUAUAACUACAACGUCCUGAAGGUGCAGGAUGGGAAACGAGGGGCUGUAAAUGGGAUGCUGCCUGAUGGAACAGUCGACACGUCAUGUAUGCAGUCGAGAGAAAUAUGGUCUGGGGUCACAUAUGCAGUUGCUGCAACGAUGAUCCAGGAAGAUUUGAUGGACAUGGCGUUUCAUACGGCAAGUGGAAUCCAUGAGGCUGUGUGGGCUGAACAAGGACUUGGGUAUUCUUUUCAAACUCCAGAAGGUUGGAACACCAUUGACCAGUACAGAUCUCUAUGCUACAUGCGGCCUCUGGCCAUUUGGGCAAUGCAGUGGGCUUUAGCCAGGCCAAAACUUCACAAGCAGGAAAUGAAAUUACAAGUGGAGGAGGAUUCUCUUCCUGUGCACCAUGCUGGAUUCGCCAAAGUUGCUCGUUUUCUCAGGUUGCCAGAAGAGGAAUCCUCUAAAAGUUAUUUGCAGUCCUUGUUUGACUACGCUAGCAAGAAGUUUGGUUAUCCUUAG